AUGUUCAGCUGUGCAAUCGUUGAUUCAAUUUCUUGGACGACAUUUACCUUCAACUGCCGUGGAUUUGUCGGUCGUUAUGUGAACAUCAUCAUCCCAGGACAGGACAAAAUAUUGACCCUGUGCGAAGUUGAUAUCAUAGGUUCAAAACUCCCGUACUUACAUGGUGCAGAAAACGUGGCGUUGGGAGGACGCCCGACCCAAUCCAGCACGGGUGAAGGGGCAGGUGCUGAGCGAGCCAAUGACGGUAACAGCGACAGCGACUUCUGGCAUGGUUCAUGCGCGCGCACCAAAAAAUCCAAGGACCCUUGGUGGAGAGUCGAUCUCAAGGAAAGGUACAACGUGUCAGAUGUCAAAAUCACCAAUAGAGGUGACUGCUGCUCGGACCAGAUCCAAGGAGCCGAGAUCCGCAUCGGGGACUCGCUGGCGAAUAAUGGCAAUUCCAACAGAUUCUGUGCAACAGUGGAAUCGGUUUCUACGACGCUGUCCAUCAACUGUGGUGGAAUUGUCGGUCGAUAUGUGAACAUCAUCAUCCCAGGCCCGGACAAAAUCUUGACCCUGUGCGAGAUUGAGAUAUUUGGUUCGCAGCUUCCGUCUUUACCUGGAACAGGUAGGCUGAACUGCCCGCUGAGGCUCUGGUUCCACACAAUAUCGAAUUUCAUUUCAGCCAAGUUCCCGCUGAUAACGGCUGAGGUAAAUUGCCUUCCUGAAGCACAAUGCCACCUUUCUCAAUGCCCUACACUUCACCAGUCUUAGUUUACUUGCCAAUCUUGGGCCCUCGCAUUGUAGAAAUAUGAUCCAGUCUGUGAAUGAAAUCCAUGAGACAUGGUGCACAUGCUCGUAUUCAUUCAUUCCGGAGACUUUAUGCUAUAAAGAACUACCAGGCACUAACUAAUUACACGUCGAUUGUAACAGGCUUGAAGAAUAUCUCACUGCUGUCAGAUUACUUAUCGGUCCUCCCUUUAGUUCUAGUACAAUACCAACCAGCCUUAGUGCGGUUCGUAGACGUAUUUUCUAUAGCCAUAAAGCUGUAACACAAUAACACAAUUUUGUCCCAUCUAUUGUUUUCUCUACUUCACCUGUUGCUCGUGUGCGGCAUUAUUGCGCACAUGUACAGCAUGACUUGGUUGUAUAGUAUAAAUAAUGUUUUUCUGCAUCUUGCUUCAUGUAAACGAUAUGAAUAUCAAUGAAAUACACUGCUGAUACAAAGCUUCAUAUAAUGCAUACAUCGAUAAGAUCACCAGUUUGUAUGUGGGAGGAGCAGAAUUAGGACAACCGUCAACUCCUCCAAUAAAAUCAUGGCUCAUCUAUUUACCCACCUUAACCCAAUUCUCCUGUAUUUCUGUGUAACCCCUAACACGGCACAAUACGAUACGAUUGCACUUUAUAUACGAUACCACACUACCCAACAAAGUCGUUGACGACACCCCUGUAUUCAGCUUCCCUCCCCUCACUGAUGCAACACAUAAUUGCAAAGCCAACUGAAAUCUUCUGCACGGGGCAGGAGCCCGAGUUGUAGCUGAAAUCCGAGGUGUACAUGAUGAACAGGAAGGGAGAGAGGACCCUCCCCUCUGGGGCCAUAUGUUGCUCACAACCAUGGCCGAGACACAGUUUUGUAGCCGGACAUACUGUGGUCGACCAGUCAGGUAGUUGGUAAUCCCGGACACCAAUGGAGCAUCCAGCUGCAUCUUCGUCAGUUUGCUUCGUAGGCGGAUGGUGUUAAAAGCACUGGAGAAGUAAAGAAACACGUCUUUCACUGCUUCCCCGUUUAUCCUGGUGAGCAUAGGAACGAUUCAGCAGGAGGAUGAUGGCGUCCUCAAUCCCCACCUUUGUUAGGUAAACGUACUGCAGGGGAUCCAGGUAGGGUUUAACCAGGGAUUGCAAGUGAGUAAGCACCAGCCUUUCCAGAUGCUUCGUGAUGUUUGAGGUCAGCGCCAACGGUCUGUAGUCAUUGGAGUAGGUGGAACGCGUCAUCUUUUUUUUUUACAUGAACGAGACCUGACGUCUUCCAUAUCAUAGGAGCCCUCUCCCGACUCAGGAUCACGUUGAAUCUAUGCUAGAGUACUCGGCAAUACUUCCUGGUACAUGCCUGGAGUAUCCUAAGGACACAUAGUUUUGCAUGGUCCUCACUUACUCGGCCUUUAUGGUCAGGAUCGACAAAGAAAGGCCACAGCAAUUGGAUAAGAGGGUUGAGGGGGAGAGUUUGUCGGGGAGCAGGUGGGCAGAGGUCCCUCUAUGAAAUCUGUGAAAGUGCAGGUUUAGCUCAUUUAGCAGAUUGAUUUUACUCCCUCGGCCACUGGUCAUCAUGUAACCUGUAAUGCUCUUCGUACCGUACGGCGAAUGCUCUUCAGCCGUACUAAUCAUGAAUCUAUGUCUGUCUUAAAAAGAUAUCCAUUGAUUUGGCCUCAACGGCCUUAUUGGGCAAUCGAAUCCACAGAUCCAGCACCCUCUUUCUAAACAAGUUGCUCACCAUUUCCUUCCUAAAGGAACGUUAUUUAAUUCUGCGGCUACGACCUCUGAUCCCAGAUCCUUCCACAACUGAAAGAAUCCAGCCCGCAUCCAGUCUAUCCAGGCCCCCUUUUAUGUUUCUGAAUUCCAGCGAAUAGAGACCUUUACCAUCAAACGUUCAUCUUAGGUUAACCCACUCAUUCCUGGGAUCAUUCUCGUAACCCUCCUCUGGACCCUCCUUCAUUAGUGUCCCUCUGGAACACAUCCUUCAUUAGAAAUGGAGUCCGAAAUUGCUCUCAUUACUCCAUCUGCGGCCCGAAUCAGCGCCUUAUGGAGGCUCAGCAUUACGGCCUAAUUUUGUAUUCUAGUCCUCUUGAAAUAAAUGAUUGCAUUGCCUUUGCCGUUCUUAAUCCCGAUUGGACAUGGCAAUAAACAUUUUGGGAAUACCGUACGAACACUUCAAAUAUUGUACGCGCCAGCAGCGACCUCCUGUGGAACUCCCCCAGUCACCGGCAGUCAACCCUUUAUUGCCAGUCUUUGCCUUUCUGCCAUUCAGCCAAACUGCUAUCCACGCUAGUAUCCCCCCCUUUUGUACCAUCGGCUCUCAUCUUCCUUAGCAGCCUCACCUGCGGUUCUUUAUCACAGGCUUUCUAAAACCCUAGGUAAACAACAUCCACUGACUCUCCUUUGGCCUGCUAUUUACAUCCUCAAAUAAUUCGAGCAGCUUCGUCAGUCAAGAUCUCCCUUUCACAAAACCAAAACCAUGCUGACGUCGGAUAUUUUAUCAUGAACUUCUAAGUACUCCGUAACCUCAUCCUUUUUAAUAGAAUGUAGUCUUACCAGCCACUUGAGUCAGACUAACCGGUCUAUUUUCCCCAUCAUUCUGCUUUGCUCACUUCCUGCCCAACGAGGUAAUAUUUGCAAUUGUGUACUCGGCUGGAACCACUCCUGACACAAAUGAUUCUUCAAAUAUCACCACAAAUGCCUCCAUAAUCUCUAACUCCACUUUUUUUCACAACCCUCGCAUGCGCUCCAUCCGGUCCAGGUGACUUAUCCACCUUCAGACCCAAGGACACACUCCUUAGUAUUCGACACAUCACUAACUUCCACCCCCUGACUCUCUUGAAUUUCAGGCACGUUACUGGUGUCUUCUAUUGUGAAGAUUGCUGCAAAACUUAAUUAAAUUCAUCUGUCAUUUAUUUAUUCCCCAUUAUCACUACUCCUACAUAAUUUUCGUGCAGCUGAACUUCCAUUCUUGCUUCUUUCUCAUUCUAUAUAUCUGAAGAAAGUCUUAAUAUCCCAAGCCUCUCGCUUCCCCAUAAUCUUUGCAAUAUUGCAUGCCUUCUCCUUUAGUUCAUUGCUGUCCUUGACUCCCCUUGUCAGUCACGGUUACCCCAGUCUCCCUCUAAAAUCUUUCUUCCACUUUGGAAUGAAAAUAUCGAGCAUCUUCCGAAUUAUUCCCAGAAGUUCAUGCCAUUGCAGUUACAUCGUCAUUCCAGCGAGGGUCCUUUUCCAUUCAACGUCCGCAUACCUCGGUAGCCCUAUUUGUUAAGUUCUAAUACCGACACAUUUGAUUUUAAUAGACAAUAGACAAGAUGUGCAGGAGUAUACCAUUCGGUCCUUCGAGCCAGCACCUCCAUUCACUGUGAUCAUGGCUGAUGAUCCACAAUCAGUACCCCGUUCCUGCCUGCUCAUCAUAUCCCUUGAGUCCACCAUUUGUAAGAGCCCUAUCUAA